AUGGCGGAGACGGCGAUCGCGGCGGUGCUGUCCAAGUUCGGCGAGCUGGCGGCGAGCGAGGCCAAGAUCCUGCUGGAGGUGGGCGACAACAUGACGCUGCUCCGUGAUCGUCUGGAGUGGCUGCAGGCCUUCAUCCGCGACGCCGACCGGAAGCGCCGUGCCGGCACCGACCAGCUGACUCGCGUGUGGGUGCGCCAGACGCGCGACGUCGCGUUCGAAGCCGAGGACACGCUCGAUGAAUUCAUUUACCAGGUUGACCUGAAAAGCCAGGGUUAUCGAUGCUGGAAGAAAGUGUGGCGCAAAUAUUUGACUGGUUUCUGCACCCAAAUUCUCAGCCGACAUGCGUUGUCUGCCCGGAUCAAAAGUAUCAAUACGAGGCUUGCAAAAAUCUCAGAAAACCAAAAGGAGUACAACAUCGGGCAUACACCAUUAGCGCCAGUGACGUCUUCCACUACAGCCACUUCAGCAUGCAUGUACAAUGCGCUAAUUAGAGGGGGUGAUGAUUAG